AUGACAGACUUCAUGGACUUUAACGAGUUUAACAUUGGCGCCAUCGACGACGAGCUCAUGGCCGACGCAAUGCGCCGCGAGACCCAACAGUAUGCCAACAAGAAAGUGAAGAGCGUGCAACGUGAGCGACGAGACAAGCUACAAAGCAAGCCACAACAGCAUCCCAAUCAAAGGAACAACAAGGGUGAUCAUGCAGCUGGCGUGGACGGCGACGAAGGCGUGCCAGUAAUAGACAAGAUCAGCGAGAUGGACAAAGAGUCAGUGAUGUAUAUAGGCAAAGAGAAUUCAAUCAGAGGCGUGGACAUCAGUGACGUGGACCAUGUCUUCAUCCUCAACAUCACCCUGACACCAGCAUCAUACCUUCACAUGGCUGGACGUUGUGGUCGCCUCGGAAAGAAGGGCCACGUCGUCUCAAUCUACAAUGUCCUUCUCUCAAGAAAAUAUACCUUUAUUAUCUUCUGUAUCCUGGUGGCGUCCUGGAACGAGAGCGAGAGGGAGAGCGCGAAGAGGACACUGGACGUCUGGAACGGGGCUGAGGUGAGCGGUUGCGUGGAGGCGACCGGCUCGGGCUGCGAGGGGGAGGUGAUCUGUUGCGAGGCGGAGGCGAUGGUGUGCGUCCUCUUGGCAAUGCUCUGUUGCCAGGUGGUGGCGAUCGACCCCUGGGUGGCGACCGGCCUCUUGGUGGAGAGCGGUUGCGUGGAGGUGAUCUGUUGCGAGGAGGAGGCGAACGACCCCUUGGCGGGGAUCUGUUGCGAGGCGGUGGCGACCGUCCUCUUGGUGGAGAGCGAUUGCGUGGAGGUGAUCUGUUGCGUGGCGGGGAUCUGUUGCGAGGUGGAGGCGACCGGCCUCUUGGUGGAGAGCGAUUGCGUGGUGGUGAUCUGUUGCGCGGCGGUGAGCGAUUGCGUGGCGGCGAUCGGUUUCGUGGUGGUGAGCGAUUGCGUGGUGGUGAUCGACUGUGACUAUCGCGUCUAUAUCUUCUUGGAGGUGAUCUUGAGUAUGACCGCCUGUCUCUAUCAUUUCGUCGUGGAGGUGAUCUUGAUCUUGAUCUUGAUCUUGAUGGUGAUCUUGACAUCUUUGUAA